AUGGUCAAUUGCGUGGCGGUGGUGGCGGGCAACGCACAAUAUAGAGUAACUUCCACUGAAUUCGAUAUCCAGAUUAAUAAGAAAGGAAGAACACCAGGUAUUCUAACGGACAACGUGAACGCUUCUCGUUUGUUGAAAAGAGAUACAACUCAAAGUCAUAACAAGUAUGAAGAUGCUGUAUUUGAUGGCAUUGUUGAUCCUGUCGUCGAGAGACUGAGAAGAAAAAGAAUAAAUCCUAAAUGGUUUGUAGUUCAUUAUAACAAUGCCCUUAAAUUUGGGUCAGACACUCAAAUAAAUGGUGCGCACAUUGUCACACCCCUAAGAGAAAUUAUGCAACUGCGUGGAGACAAUCGCGAUAUUAUCAUACUGAGCGGUGGUCAUGGAAACGAAAUCGGGAAUAAUUGGGUCAAGGUAACAGAUAUGAUAAACCCGUCAACCAUACCGAGGAUCAUCAGAGCGCCAUGGCAUUAUGAUCCUGAUUUUUGGGUGGAAGACGUCGAACGAUUCAUGGGUAGGUUGGGUGAUGAGUUCCAGCCACUAAGACCAAGGAUUACCAUAGUCGACAUAGCAGAAAUGAGCAUAUAUAGGUUCAGGGACAUCAUUCGAAGCAAUAGUCACGUCAUCCUUGGGUUCUGUUUCGGACGCAACGACAGGGCGUUUCGGUAUUAUUUAAAUCUGAGUCCAGUUGUUUCAAAAGUGAAACCUCCACGUAUUUAA